CUGGUGGUGGCAUCCUCCGCGGGCGGGGUAUCGGUGCUCUCCGAUAGAGCAAUCAAUGCGGGACCGGAGAUAUGAUCAUUUAAACUCCACUCCCCCCUUCACUGACAAAACACAUCACACUAACUACACCUUAUCGCUCACCAUUCCCCUCAACUUUACAGCCAUACUCCUCAGUCACUCUGCACCUAAAUAUUGAGUCGAAGACAGUUCAUGGACAACACCCCACAACCUCACCAGCCGUCAACAGGCCCAAUCCCAACCCAUCAAGCCCAAAUCACCGAGCGUCUAAUCCUCGUCCGCAACCAAUUCAACCACACCCCUUCCUCCUCCUCCCAAACCAGAGCAAUAACACUCCCAACGCCCAGUCCACCUGCAGCAACAAUGUCCCGCGACCCAAUCACCUGCCACGUCCUCAACACCCUCACCGGCACCCCCGCCGCCAACCUCCCCGUGACCCUGACGCUCCUCUCCAGCAGCACGGGCAGUGCAGCCACAGAAGAAAACCCCCCAUUCCGCGCGACCACCAACGCUGACGGCCGCGUUGCGAAUUGGGAACCCCUACCCACCACCACCGGCUCGUCGCAACAAGCACAAUCCGUCCCGGCGAUCUUGGCCGCGCUCCCCGCGCCCGACAGCAAGACCAACUGGGCGGUGCGGUUCGAGGUGGGCCCCUGGUAUGAGGCCCAGGGGGUGGAGAGCUUCUGGCCCGAGGUCGAGGUCAAGUUCACGGUCAAGGGGCGGGGCAAGGAGGGCGAGGAAGGGUGGCGCCAUUACCAUGUGCCCGUGUUGUUGGGGCCGUGGAAUUACUCGACGUACCGGGGGUCUUGAGGGAUGUGCACUACAGUACCUGCAUUUGGAAGGCUGAUGUGACAAGACAGGACUUCGGUAGCAGUUUAAGAGGCUAAAAUAUGACUCGAAUGAUGAUAUUGAUACGGUAGUGUGCCUGUCGGAUAUAGAAUUGGUUUUGGGUGCUGUGAGACAUGAUGAGCAGUAUGCUGUUAGAGAUUGUGUUGUGAUAUGGCUGGCAUCGUUGAAUUCUCAUGCUUGUGAUGAUGCACUUGUUUCCAGUAAACGUACGACUGCUUCCGCUAUCAGAAGUGG